AUGGUACCCNCGUUGAUCUCGCUGGAAGAGCACUAUCUCUCUCAAAACGUCCGCAAGCAUCUCGCCGAUACAGGUCGUCAAGAUCCAUAUGCCCAAUUUCCACCUCACUUGAUAAACAAGCUCACCUCUCUCGGUCCGGAUCGUCUGGAAGCUCUCGACUCCGGAAAGGUGUCCUUACAAAUUCUCUCGCACAGCCCACUAAAUGCUUCUCCUCAAGAAUGCCGUACGACAAACGAUAAUCUAGCAUCCGAGAUCAAGGACCAGUCCCGAUAUGCAGCUUUCGCCCUCUUGCCUAUGGCUUCACCCUCAGACGCAGCUAAAGAGCUCGAACGAUGCGUGAAAGAACACAAGUUUCUUGGUGCACUCAUCAACAACCACUGUGAUGGGAUAUUCUACGAUGGCGAAUCGUAUCGUCCUGUUUUUGCCAAAGCCGAGGAAUUGAAUGUGCCCAUCUAUAUUCAUCCAACUUUCGCAGCCGAUGAAUGGAUGCCUCACUACCGCGGAAACUUUGGCGAGAGAGCUGCACAGAUGAUGAGCAUAGCAGCCUGGGGCUGGCACUCGGAAACUGGCCUCCACGUGCUCCGUCUCUGGGCCUCUGGACUCUUUGACGAAUAUCCGAAACUGAAAAUCAUCAUCGGACACAUGGGAGAGAUGCUUCCCUAUCAACUUGACCGUAUCAUCUCUACUUCCUCUGCAUGGGCACCAGACAACAAGCGCGGUCUCGAGCAAGUCUGGAAAGAGAACUUCUGGAUCACAACCUCUGGCAUGUUCAGUCUAGCUCCGUUAAGCUGUCUCUUGAGGAUGUGCGCCAAAGAUAGAAUUCUGUAUUCUAUAGAUUAUCCAUUCAGUGGCAAUGAGAAGGGCUUGAAGUUUGUUGAAGAGAUUGAAGGGAGUGGAAUGGUGAGCAAAGAGGAGUUGGAGAUGAUUUGCUACAAAAAUGCUGAAAAGCUGCUCGGAGUAAAGGCGGAAAGCGCUGUCGGUAGCAAUUAG